AUGCGGCUGGCGGCGAGAGGCGCUGCAGGCGUAGAAGGGGACAAGCGGUGGCCCCGGCAACCGAGGACCCUAACCGCUCCAGAACCUGAAGUGGAGCUGGAGUUUCAAGCCCUGCGGGGAAGGAGAGUGAGCAGUAGCAGUCAGAAGGCAGGAACCCAGGAGAGAGAAUCUAGAAAGAAGCUGACGAACCCCCAGAAGAGGUCACUUGACUUAUGUGCAGUUUGGGAAAGUGGAGUUUUCCAUCUCUCUGCUGGCCAGGACAGUGCCUCCAAAACUGUUUCAAAAAGGAGGGUGAAUGAAACAAAGAAGCUGAGCUCUCUCCAGGCAGUCCAGCUAGAACGGCAGCAGGAGGCAGUGAGGCCCAGAGGAACAGGGAGCUGGGAUCAGGGCCCAGCGCCCAGGAUGGCUGUGGGGCCACUUCUCUGGAUCCACGCGGCUUUCAUCCUCUGGCUCUGCAGCUUCGUUGGGGCCAUUGAGGUUCCCCUGGAUCCAAACAUUCAAAAUGAGCUAUCUCAGCCCCCAACCAUCACCAAGCAGUCAGUGAAAAAUUAUAUCGUAGACCCUCGGGAUAAUAUCAUCAUCGAGUGUGAAGCUAAGGGGAACCCUACCCCCAGUUUCCAGUGGACACGAAAUAGUCGGUUUUUCAACGUGGCCAAAGACCCCCGGGUGUCAAUGCUUCGCCGGUCAGGGACACUGGUGAUUGACUUUCGGAGUGGUGGGCGGCCUGAAGAGUAUGAGGGAGAAUACCAGUGCUUUGCCCGAAACAAAUUUGGGACGGCCCUAUCCAACAGGAUCAUCCUGCAAGUGUCAAAGUCACCCUUGUGGCCCAAGGAAAACCUGGAUCCUGUAGUGGUUCAAGAGGGAGCCCCCCUGACCCUCCAGUGCAACCCCCCUCCUGGGCUGCCAUCUCCUGUCAUCUUCUGGAUGAGUAGCUCCAUGGAACCCAUCAACCAGGACAAGCGUGUCUCCCAAGGCCAGAAUGGAGAUCUGUACUUCUCUAAUGUGAUGCUUCAGGACGCAAAGACUGACUACAGCUGUAAUGCCCGCUUCCACUUCACCCACACCAUCCAGCAGAAAAAUCCAUUCAUACUCAAGGUCCUCACCACCCGAGGAGUUGCAGAAAGAACGCCCAGCUUCAUGUAUCCCCUGGGCACGUCGAGUAGCCAGAUGGUGCUGAGGGGCAUGGACUUGCUGCUGGAGUGCAUCGCUUCAGGGGUACCAGCACCAGACAUCGCAUGGUACAAGAAAGGUGGGGACCUCCCAGCUGGCAAGGUCAAAUUUGAAAACUUUAAUAAGGCCCUACGUAUCACCAAUGUCUCAGAGGAAGACUCUGGGGAAUAUUUCUGUCUGGCCUCCAACAGGAUGGGCAGCAUACGGCACACGAUCUCGGUGAGAGUAAAGGCCGCCCCCUAUUGGCUAGAUGAACCCAAGAACCUUAUCCUGGCCCCAGGUGAAGAUGGAAGGCUGGUGUGUCGGGCCAAUGGGAACCCCAAGCCCACCGUCCAGUGGCUAGUGAAUGGGGACCCUUUGGAAGCGGCACCUCCCAAUCCAAGCCGUGAAGUAGCUGGAGACACCAUCAUAUUCCGGGACACUCAGAUUGGCAGCAGUGCAGUAUACCAGUGUAACGCAUCCAACGAUCACGGCUACCUUCUAGCCAAUGCCUUCGUCAGCGUUCUGGAUGUGCCCCCUCGGAUGCUGUCCCCUCGGAACCAGCUCAUCAAGGUCAUCCAUUACAACCGGACUCGACUGGACUGUCCUUUCUUUGGGUCUCCAAUUCCUACCCUCCGAUGGUUUAAGAAUGGGCAAGGGAGUAACCUGGAUGGUGGCAACUACCAAGUACAUGAGAAUGGCAGCCUGGAAAUGGCCAUGGCCCGGAAAGAAGACCAGGGUAUCUACACUUGUGUGGCUACCAACAUCCUGGGCAAAGCGGAGAACCAAGUCCGCCUGGAGGUCAAAGACCCCACCCGGAUAACUCGGGUACCUGAGGACCAAGUGGUCAAGAGAGGCACAAACGUCGUGCUGGAGUGUCGAGUGAAGCAUGACCCCACCCUGAAGCUUACAGUCAACUGGCUGAAGGAUGAUGAGCCGCUCUACAUUGGAAACAGGAUGAAGAAGGAAGAAGACAGCCUUACUAUCUUUGGUGUGGCUGACCGGGACCAAGGAAGCUAUACCUGUAUGGCCAGUACUGAGCUUGACCGGGACAUAGCCAAGGCCUAUCUCACCGUGCUAGCUGCUCAGGUUGUUCCAACUAACCGUAUGGCUCCCCUGCCCAAAGAGCGACCAGAUCCUCCUCGAGACCUAGAGUUGACUGACCUGGAGGAGAGGAGUGUGAGACUGACCUGGAUCCCUGGGGAUGACAACAACAGCCCCAUCACAGAGUACAUCGUACAGUUUGAAGAGGACCAGUUCCAGCCCGGUGUCUGGCACAGCCAUUCGAAACACCCAGGCAGCGUCAAUUCAGCAGUCCUCCAGUUGUCCCCAUAUGUCAACUACCAAUUCCGGGUCAUUGCGGUCAAUGAUGUUGGAAGCAGUCAUCCUAGCCUCCCAUCUGAGCGCUACAGGACCAGUGGUGCACCCCCAGAGUCCAAUCCAGGUGAUGUAAAGGGAGCAGGGUCCAGAAAGAACAACAUGGAAAUCACAUGGACGCCCAUGAACGCCACAUCUGCAUUUGGGCCCAACCUUCGAUACAUUGUCAAAUGGCGGCGGCGAGAAGGAAGGGAGAGCUGGAACAAUGCCACAGUGUGGGGCUCCCGUUAUACGGUGGUGCAGACCCCUGUCUAUGUGCCUUAUGAGAUCCGAGUGCAGGCGGAGAACGAUUUUGGGAAGGGACCUGAGCCAGACACCGUCAUUGGCUACUCUGGGGAAGAUUAUCCCAGGGCUGCACCCACUGAUGUAAAAGUUCGAGUCCUGAACAGCACGGCCAUCGGCCUUCAGUGGAACCGAGUCUACCAGGACACGGUCCAGGGUCAGCUUAGAGAGUAUCGAGCUUAUUACUGGAGGGAGAGCAGCUUGCUGAAGGGCCUGUGGGUGUCUCAAAAGAGACAAUUUGCCAGUUUCUCCAGCGACCGAGCCCGGGGUGUAGUGUCAAGCCUGUUUCCCUACAGCAACUACAAACUGGAGAUGGUUGUGGUCAAUGGGAGAGGCGAUGGGCCUCGCAGUGAAGUCAAGGAAUUCACCACCCCAGAAGGAGUACCCAGUGCCCCCAGACGUUUCCGAGUCCGGCAGCCCAACCUGGAGACAAUCAACCUGGAAUGGGAUCACCCAGAACACCCCAAUGGGAUCCUGACAGGAUACAAUCUUAAAUACCUUGCCUUUAAUGGAACCAAGACAGGGAAGGCUUUGAUUGAGACCUUCUCUCCCAAUCAGACUAAGUUCUCAAUACAGAGAGCAGAUCCUGUGUCCCGAUACCGCUUCUCACUCAGUGCCAGGACCCAGGUGGGUUCCGGAGAAGUGGUCACCGAGGAGUCACCAGCUCCACCCAAUGAAGCUACUCCAACCCCAGCUCCCACCAUGUUGCCUCCAACUACAGUCAGUGCGACAAGUGCCGCGAGCAGUACUGAUGUUACUGCCGUAGCUACCACCGCCGCUGCCACAACUAUCCCCACUGCUGCACCUACCACUACUACCACCACUGCUGCCACCACCACCACCACCACCACCGUCGCUACAACUGCUUCUACUACCACUACCGCUGCCACUACUACCACGGAGAGUCCUCCAACCGCCGUGACUAAGAUACAGGACACUGCCCCCUAUGGACAGUCCAUAUGGAACUUCACGGUGAAGGCCAACAGUAAAUCGGCCAACCUCACAUGGGACCACAAUCUCGAGCCAGGAACUGAAUUUGUGAUUGAGUAUUCAUACAGCAACCAGUCAACAAAAAUUCACUCUAUUAAGGCCCAGUAUUAUUCGUUGAAGGAACUCAAUCCCGGGAUUUUCUACUCGUUCCGGGUUUAUUCCCAAAACAGGCCCGCUAUCACCAGUUCCCUCGUCACUGUUCAGACUACUGAUGACUCAGCUUUUACCAGGAACCAAGUGGACAUCGCUACCCAAGGAUGGUUCAUCGGGCUCAUGUGUGCAAUUGCUUUGCUGGUGCUGAUCCUACUCAUUGUCUGCUUCAUCAAAAGGAGUGGAAGAGGGAAAUACCAAGGUAUGAGACCCAGAAAAAUGCAGCAGAGCCCCACCCGCCUCCCUCAUGGCGGGAAAGGCAAGGCAGAAAGCAAUCAAGCUUUCCCCUUCAUCUGCCCAGACUCCCCAGGUAGCCCCAAAGCCGCCAUCAGGGCCUCCAAUCGACGAUCGGAGCACCGCAUGGCAGGAGCCGGUCCCCGUGUAGGCGGCCCCCCCUCCCUUGCCCGCACCAGGAAACACUUACUAGCAGACUCUCCUAGGGCCUUCUCAGCUUGGGUCCCACCUCUAAUGCUCUGUCUCCUUCUGCCCCCUCCCGGCCCUCCCAGCGAUGAGGACAACAAGCCCCUACAAGGAAGCCAGACGUCCCUGGACGGCACCAUCAAGCAGCAGGAGAGCGAUGACAGCCUGGUGGACUACGGCGAGGGGGGAGAAGGACAGUUCAAUGAGGAUGGAUCUUUCAUUGGCCAAUACACAGUCAAAAAGGACAAGGAAGAGACAGAAGGGAACGAGAGCUCAGAGGCCACGUCGCCCGUCAAUGCCAUCUAUUCCUUGGCAUAG